UGCUGAAAACGUGAAAAAGUAGGAAUAUUUAUUUUAACUUUUUUUCUCAAAGUUCCCUUAUUAAAGACUCCUCACUCCGCUUAUAGAUCUUAGAUCUGCUACGACUAUAUAAAGGAGGUCCCCGCCCUCUUCUCUUUCAGAUCCAUCUUUUUCCUCUUUCUACUUCUCCUAAAUUCAUCAUCUCUCACAGAGUUAAUAAAGAAGAAAGGAAAAUGGUGAAGAUUUGCUGCAUAGGAGCUGGAUAUGUUGGUGGCCCCACCAUGGCCGUCAUUGCACUCAAAUGCCCUAACAUUGAAGUGGCUGUUGUUGAUAUCUCCGUGCCUCGCAUCACUGCCUGGAACAGUGACCAGCUUCCCAUCUAUGAGCCAGGCCUUGACGAUGUAGUUAAGCAGUGCCGAGGCAAGAACCUCUUCUUCAGCACAGAUGUGGAGAAACAUGUACGUGAGGCUGAUAUAGUUUUUGUUUCUGUCAACACUCCUACCAAGACUAGGGGUCUUGGAGCAGGCAAGGCUGCAGAUCUUACUUACUGGGAGAGUGCAGCCCGUAUGAUUGCCGAUGUCUCGAAAUCUGACAAAAUAGUUGUUGAGAAAUCAACUGUUCCAGUCAAAACUGGUGAGGCAAUUGAAAAAAUCUUGACCCACAACAGCAAGGGAAUUAACUUCCAGAUCCUCUCAAACCCUGAAUUUCUUGCAGAGGGUACCGCAAUCGAAGACCUCUUUAAACCUGACAGAGUCCUAAUUGGAGGCCGGGAAACUCCAGGAGGCCAGAAGGCUAUCCAAACAUUGAAGGAUGUUUAUGCUCAUUGGGUUCCUGAAGACUGUAUCAUUACCACCAACUUGUGGUCCGCUGAGCUCUCAAAGUUGGCUGCCAAUGCAUUCUUGGCACAAAGAAUCUCUUCGGUGAAUGCUAUGUCAGCUCUAUGUGAGGCUACUGGAGCGAAUGUUUCACAGGUGUCAUAUGCUGUUGGUAAGGACUCAAGGAUUGGUCCCAAGUUCCUCAACGCUAGUGUUGGUUUUGGUGGAUCUUGCUUCCAGAAGGAUAUUCUGAACCUGGUUUACAUUUGCGAGUGCAAUGGUCUGCCUGAGGUUGCUGAAUACUGGAAACAAGUUAUCAAGAUCAAUGACUAUCAGAAGAAUCGUUUUGUCAACCGCGUUGUAGCCUCUAUGUUCAACACAGUCUCAAACAAGAAAGUUGCAAUCCUAGGUUUUGCUUUUAAGAAAGACACUGGUGAUACCCGAGAGACCCCUGCUAUUGAUGUAUGCAAGGGACUGUUGGGGGAUAAGGCUAGGUUGAGCAUAUAUGAUCCUCAGGUGCAAGAGGACCAAAUCCAGAGAGACCUCUCAAUGAACAAGUUUGACUGGGAUCAUCCCCUUCACCUCCAGCCAAUGAGUCCCACAACCAAGAAACUAGUCAGUGUGACUUGGGAUGCCUACGAGGCAACAAAGGAUGCCCAUGCUGUCUGCAUUCUCACAGAGUGGGACGAGUUCAAGACCCUUGAUUACCAGAGGAUAUAUGAAAACAUGCAAAAACCCGCUUUCAUUUUCGAUGGCAGGAACGUUGUGAAUGUUGACAAGCUAAGAGAGAUUGGCUUUAUUGUCUACUCAAUUGGUAAGCCGCUCGAUGCCUGGCUUAAGGACAUGCCUGCUGUCGCUUAAGAGCAUUACUUUGUUCGAGUUGCUUGUUUUGGUAUUAACGAUAUUAGUUAUCAGCCAGUCUGCUGGGAUUCUUUACUAUUUUUUUUACCACUUCAAUUUCUGCUUCAUUUUGUCCCUUGUAGUCAUAAAACCAUCAUUGAUAUGAGUCGUAUGUAAGAUGUUUUUAAGUUUUUUUUUUUUUGUAUUGAUGAAACUUCUUUUUAUCAUUUACUUGUCAUGUCGGAGGAUUUAUUUGUUCGAUUAUGAAAGGUAUUUAAAUUUUGGACCA